AUGUGUAGACUGAUAUAUGCAGUCGGGAAGGAAAGAUUUGGGGUGACACCAUCGGAAAGGAAGCAGACUACAGUCGCCAAGAACAGACGGCAGAUAGAAAUAGAGAAGUUGAGGAAGGACCUUCGCAACUUGGGGAACCAGUACAGACAGGCAUCAGAGCUAGAGAAAAUUGGUCUACAGGAACUACGAGACCACACCAGACGCAGACUUCAAGACCUGAGGAAAGCGGAAAGGAUACGAAAAGCCAGAAGGGAGAAGGCCAGACAAAGAUCACGAUUUCUUUCCAAUCCCUAUGGUUUUAGCAAGGAAAUCCUUGAAGAGAAGAAAGCGGGACAGCUGAAUUGUUCUAAAGAGGAGGUUGAAGAGCAUCUGAAGAACACGCACUCUGAUCAGGCGAGACAUAUGCGGAUGGAGGGACAUGAACGCAUAGCCCCAGUACCCAUGCCCAUUGUUGCAUUUACUGAGGGAGAACCAACCCUCAAGGAGGUCCAAGAUAUAAUCAAGAAGGCUAGAUCCAAGUCAGCACCAGGCCCAAAUGGAAUACCUUACAAGGUGUACAAGUCAUGCCCAAAACUGCUGAGACGGUUGUGGAAACUAUUGAAGGUGGUCUGGCGUAAAGGAGAUGUACCUGUGGAGUGGCAGCGAGCAGAAGGCAUCUUCGUCCCAAAGGAGGAGGUUUCCAAGGAUAUUGGACAGUUCCGGACAAUAUCAUUGUUGAAUGUGGAGGGCAAGAUCUUCAUGUCAGUGGUUGCCAGGCGUCUUACAACAUUCAUGACCAGUAAUGGGUACAUUGACACAUCAGCACAGAAGGGAGGUGUUCCAGGAUUCUCUGGCUGCAUUGAACACACAUGCGCUAUUAGCCAGUUAAUCAGGGAAGCUAAGAUCAACAAGACAGAUCUCACAGUUGUAUGGCUGGAUCUAGCAAAUGCGUAUGGCACGGUACCCCACCAGGUAAUAGAGUUUGCUCUGAAACACCACCAUGUACCAGAACAUAUUCAGAGCAUUGUCAGAAGCUACUACAGAAACAUCAACAUGCGCUUCACAACAAAGAACUUUACAACAUCCUGGAUACAGCUUCAGAAGGGGAUUGUAACCGGCUGCACAGUGUCAGUAGUACUGUUCAUCGCCGCUAUGAAUCUCAUCAUCAAAGCCGGAGACAGGGAGUCAAGGGGACCGAAGACCCAGACAGAUAUCAGACUUCCACCACAGAGGGGAUUUAUGGAUGAUCUGACUAUCACAACAGAGUCCCACAUACAAGCUCGAUGGAUCCUAUCAGCCCUUGAAGAUGUUGUGUCAUGA